AACAUACACACGAGCGUGGUGGUCCGCUGCUAGCUGUCCUCGCUGCUGGCCUCCUGCCCUGCCUGGCGCACAGAGCCUCCGCUGCUGCGCUUGUGGCGCCCUGCCUGCCUACGUCAUCCAGGCCGCGGUUACGUCAUCACGUCUAGCCUGCUACCGUCGCGCGACGCUUGAGCAGGUUAGCGCCGGGCUGCCGUCAGGCAGGGAUGUUUGCGCGGGAUGUGCUGCCUCCUCACUCCACGUCCCGUUCGAGCCGCCCAUCCAAUAUGCAGCUUUCCAGCAGCCUGCGCAGCGCCCGCUCUGCUGCUGCCAGCAGCGGGUGCGCCCUGGCUUCCCGACCGGUCGUGGCGUGCCGCCGCGUCACGCCGUCCGUCACCCGGCCCGGCCCCUUCACCAUCGUCACCGGCCCGCUCCUGCCUGCCUCCCGCAGCAAGGCCGGCGGCGGCAUCCGUGUAUUCAGCUCUGCGCUUUAUGAGUUUGGCCAGCAGCUCAAGGAGGACCUUGAACAUGACCUUAGCCGGGCGCGUGUUGAUGCCAUCACAAACAAAACUCGCAUCGCUGAGCUCGAGCAGCAGCGGCGCAUCCUGAUGGCGGUGGGUGGCAUGGCAGACGACGAGCCCGAGCUGAAGGCGGCGUUGAUGCAGCUUGAGGAGAUCCUGGGAGUCAGCUUCAACGAGCUGCAGCUGAUGCUGGCCGAGACGCUCGCCGACCACCCCGCCAAGAUGGACAACCUGGCUGCCAUGGCGGCCGUGGUGGGCACCGGCAGCGACGGCGGGGGCGACGAGAGCGGCGACCGCGGCACCGCCGACGCCGCCGACGCCGACGGUGACGGCGGCGAGCGGGCCUGGCUGCGCUUCAAGGCUGAGGUCCGCGCCUGCCUGGCCGAUCUGCUCAACAGGAAGGAUGGCAUCACGCUGCAUCGCGCCAUUGUCAAGGACAUGGUGCGCGCCUCCAGCAACCCCGGCGCCCGCCGCUCGAGCAGCUCCGUGGACAAGAUGGCCCGGCAGGAGCUGGAUCGGAUGGUGUCCUUCCUGCUUGAUGACUUCCUGGACAAGAUGCCGGGUCUCAAGGCCGCGUUCACGGGCAAAGCAGAGCCCGGUGCCGAGGGUGAUGACGGCGAGGGCGAGGAGGAGGGCGAGGCGCAGGACGUCGGCGAGGACGCGGUGGACAGCAGCAGCAGCGGCGGCGGCGGCGGGGUGCUGUCCUGCACGGCCUGGCAGCAGGUGCUGGGCCGCACGGUGCCGGCCGUCAGCCCCACGCUGGCGCUGGUGCUGGCGCGCGGCUACCUGGCCAUGGCGCCGCGGCAGUACCGCGCGCUGGCGCUGGUGCGGAUGAUCCUGCCCGGCAAGACUGGCGGCGGCGUGGACGGCGCGCUCACGCGCAAGGAGGGGCUGAGCCUCCUCAAGAAGCUCCGCCCUGGUAUCAGCGGCCUGGCUGACAAGGACAAGCAAUGGCUGGAGUGGGUGAUUGCCCGGCUGGCGGCGGAGUUCGCGGUCCAGUCCGCCGGCGAUGGCCACGAGCCCGAGCCCAAGCGCCCCGAGCUGCCUCCCACUGCUGUGCAGCGUGAGCCCCCGGCGGAGGAGCAGCACAAGCCCACCGCCGGUGCGCGCGACUCCCCGAACAUGUAACGGCGCGUCCCAUGUAUGAGCUGCGGGCGGGGGCAGUUGCGGUGAUGAAAGGGCUGCUUCUUGCUGGGCACGAGCCCAUGAAGCCCACGGCAGCGACGUAUGCAUGCCACCGAAUCGUUUGUUGGGUGCAUGGGUGCAUGGCUUGGCGUGCGGCGUUGACGGGUGCUGUACGGGUGAUGUCUUCACGUGAGCGCGGGCAUCCGUGUAUGUGCGGGUGUGGGACACUUCGUCCACGUGGGAUACACAAUCAGCAGGACUGGCUAAAGGCGUCGUGAAGCUUCUCAGGGAUGCGAACAUGCGGGGCUCGCUUGUUGCACACGCCGCGGCGGACAGCAACUUGUUCACUUGCUUGAUUGCAUGCUCUCUUGCGCCAGGGUAGCGGCAGAAGGGGUCAGGCGCAAAUAAAGGGGUGGCAGGGUGGAACAGGAACCGACAGUGUCAGACCUGGGCGUUGUCGGGUGAUAUCGUGUGUGCGGCACGGCGCAACUACCUAGGCCCCCGGGGCGUGACGGGGCGGCGGGCCGCUAGAAGCCUGUGCCCGUGUGCCCGUGUUACUGAUGGUUUGUCAUCCCCUGCAUGGCGGGCUGCAUGGGCCUUGCCGAGGGGUUUAUAGCACUCAACCGCGACCUGGCUCGCCGGUUGAGUUGCCGCCAGCGCAAGCUAGCAGAAUGACUAUCACUCUGUGACAACUCAUACCCAACCCACGAGCCUUGCAUGCCUCUGUCCCUUACUCCGCCGCCUUAGUCUGCGUCGGUCUGCCUAGGCCCCGCAGCAGCAGCCAGCUCUACGCUGAACAGCAAGUGUUAUAACACGAACCUGGUCGUCCCCGUCAGCGGCUAGGAUUGAUCACCCUGGUGCGCAACGGGAAUUAAGGGACUCAGUGGCCAUACGGGGUCGCCUGCUGCUUGGCACCGUAUCCGGACGAUGCAACACAACCCGUGUGCCUGGUAGUGGCGUUUUACCAACGAUGUGCCCGGUAGCGGAGUUUUACCAGAACGGUGAUGGCGCAUGUCAGCGUGUUACGCAGUGUUGCCAAUUGUGGCGUUCGUGAGCGCGGUGAUGCGGCGAGGUCACGCGACUACGACAUCAGCGCAACACCCUGUAACGGACCGAACCU